AUAAUAACCCCUCUAUAUGACAUUACUUCACACACAGUAAAAAGCCCAUACUUCUGUAUCAAAUUUUCAGACAGCCUUCACCUAAUAACUCAAAAUAUCAGACACCAAUCCCACCGACCCCCUCCGAAGAAAUGGCUGUCACCAAAGCAAAUCUUCCCCCUCUCCUACGCGCCGCCACCGCACUCCACCACAACUCUCCGACGUCCUUUCUCCGCUCUCACCCUUCCAACAUCCUUAUUUCAAACCCCCACUUGUUCUCCACCUUCCUUCACCGCCGCGUCCCUCCACGCGCCACCGCGUUUCCCAACCCUUUAAACCUCAGCAUUUCAAAUCACCACUUGCUCUCCCGGAGCCUGCACACACACGCCACCACUCUUCACAAGCGUCGAAGAACUUUCCACAUCUUGGAUUACGCUCUAGCCUUCGGUUGCAUUGCAGCAGCAGGAGGGAUAAUACAUUUGUACAACAAUCUAGAAAAACCAAGAAUGUUCGCAACCGUAACUGAUAAUCAGGAGAUGAGGUUUCACGGCUUAAUACCACACAUGUACCGUAAGGGGCACUACCUAGUCGUCGAGGGUCUGACUCGACCCAUUAAGGGGAACAAAUUUAGUAAUGCAGCUGCUAAAACUGUUGGAGCCAAAUAUCAUUAUGAACUCUAUUUGUCAGCUACCGAGGUGUUAGCGCAGCCUGAUCAUGUUGUCACCGCCUUGCAAAGGAAUUACACCAUUCUUGCAGUGAAGCAGAUAUAUUCCAAGGACAACGAUGAAAUUCUUGCAACAACUAAUCGGCUUAUUUCUUUCUGUGGCGGAAUUGGAAUCUCAACCCCUGUUGAUGAAUUGUCCAAGUCCGAGUCUAAAAGAACUGUGUUCAAUUUAGACUCAGCAAAACAUUCUUCCAAAAUUACUCAAGUUGUUUCAAUAAUGUUGGAUGAGUUUGAAGACUUGCCAAAAUUGUUGGGAGAAGGACACUCGAUUUUUAUUAAGGGUCUUACCAACGUACCUUUGAAUUCGAUUAAGUUUGACGGGACUAACAAAAUUUGGUCAGGCGAAUGGAAUGAAGAUAAUUGGCCUACAAAAGUGAAUCGCAAAACUAAACAAAUGGGAUCAGUCAUGCUAGCUGAGGCAAUAGCGAAAGACGAUAAGAGGUAUAUGCCACGCGAAGCUGCUGCUACUGCAAUUGAGCGGAAUAAUUCGGGGUAACAGAAAGGCUGCCGCAGAUCCUAUCAAAUACUUUUAAGAAACUUUAGAAAUGUUACAUGUCCCGGAUCUUUGCAGUUAUUUUAAUUGUGUCUAUUCUCUAAUAUUUGGUAUUUGCACAAAGACUUCCAAGCUUGAUUGUACUUGGUAAGAUUUC